AUGGACUCAAAUGAAAUACUUUCUACAUAUAUUAAGAAAUUGAGUCACCCAUUGCGAGAAAUUCGUGAACGUUCUUUACAACUGCUUUGUGCUAAAAUGCAGUUAGGUUGGACUGUAAAUGAUGAUUUACGUAGUAAUAGUGAACUCUUAGAAGCUCUUCUUGCUUGGUUUGAUAUUCAACAUCCUUCAAUGCAGCGGGAAGCCUUAGAAUUAUUACUUAGAUUUAUAAAGACAAAAGGUGGUAAUUAUGCUGUAAGAGAAUAUAACAUACAUCAAAUGCUAGAAGUUUUAUUUAAAAUAAGGCCUAAAGUUGAUGAAAACACUAUAGAAUUGUUUGAAGAAAUUGUAGAUACCCUUAAGUUUCUUAAUACUAUAGAAUCUUCUGAUAAUAUGAAAGUACCAAGACUUAAUAUUCCUUCUACUUCUAGUGUAAACUCGAAUUCUGAAAGUGGAGGUUUUACUAAUGAAGAACUUUGUAACUCAAACAGAAAUUUGACAUCAGAACCAGGUUCUGUUCUACUUGAAUAUAAUAGUAACCACAAUAUUCAAACAAAUGGCAUAAAUGUGCUUCUCUUUCCAUGGGUUGUAUUAAGUCCAUCUGACUUUAAAACAAUUGUCCUUAUUGAGGAUUCCCUGAAGCUUGUUAAGUCUACCCGGCGUUGCUGUAGAUUUAUUAGAGAUGUAUUUCUUAGCGAUUUUCCUGCUGAAAUAUUUUUAAAUAGACCAUCUAUUAUUAAGGCCUUACUAGCUAUAUCUGAUGGGCAAUUGGGCAGUUCUCCCAGUGAAGCAUUGCAUGUACUAUUGUGUAUAACAAAAUCACUCCAUAAACGGCUAAAACAGCUGUUAUCUGCAGAACUUAUUUGUGAACAUAGUAAGGUACCGUUUGACAACAGGGAUUCCUAUGAUAAUGUGAAUGUGGAAUUGGAACAAAUAGUGGGUAGAAUCAUAACACCAAAUGAGGAUAAAUUAGCAGCAUUGCGGCAGUUGCCUGCACCAAUAUUUGCAUUAGAUACAGCACACACUGUUCUCUGUAUUAUGGCUAAGAGUGUACAGAUUGAAACUACAGAUAAAGAAAUUUUGACUAUGAAGGAGCUAAGUCUAUGCAUUUGUUUAGUGGAAGAACUGACUAAGUUUCUCUUGGACCUUGUGGAUGAGAGUUUUUGGGUCACGGAUCACUCAUCAAAGGUUCAAAGGGAUAUAGCCCAUAAAAGUUGCAUGACGAUGCGGAUGUUGGGUGACCUUUUAAUGAAGUAUCACAAUUUGUACCAGUCAGACCAAGAGAGAUUACAGCAUAGAGUAGCCUGGUUUAGACUUUUAUCAUGUGCAGCUGAAUUGCUAUAUUGGGCAAGGAAAUCCCCUCUUCCGCCAACUUCCUUGUCUACAGCUUUGCAAAUGGGUCUUUUGGACCCGGGAAUCGAUAUUUUUUAUCCAGAGCUUAAUAAGCGAAUGUCUGCUGUUUUACAUUGUGCACAAUCAGCGGUAGACCAAGAAUUUAAAAGCAGAUACCGAGAACUGAAGAAAAUAUUCACAAGCAUGGAUCAUGCGGUGGAGUUCAUGAAGAAACCUGGAAACAACCAAAAUAUACUAUCAAUAAUUAAAAAUUCCAUACCAGUGCUUCAUAUAUAUAGAAAUGAGAGAUUUUUGACUGAUAUAUCCGAAGUUUUAAUAGCGAAGAAGUUAGAUGCAAAUGAUUGGUCAUUAGCCAGAGAUAUAGCGUUAUCGCUUAUGGCUCACAGCAUCCCUUGGGUUCAAGGGGUGUUCUAUAAAAUAUUGGUGGAUAUGGUUAAAGAAGUGUUUAAGUCGGAAAAUGAAAUAAGUUUGAAUUUGUUGUGUGAUGUUGGUGUUCUAACUGAGAUAUGCUGCCAUGGUUUAUCGUGUAGUAAUGAAGAGGUUCAGGAAAGUGCUUCCGAAGUAAUGUUAUACCUACUUCGCGGGAGACUAGUUCUGAGUGAGAAAUGUUGGUGGAGGCUUCUCGCCAGUUUGUUGCCCGUUCUGCCUCUCUUACACGUCUAUGCAGCUCACGAAACGCAACUUGGAAAGGCGAUUUGCAAAUCCCUCGAAGCGGACAUAGUGGAGUGUAUGGGAGUGUCGAAAGCCGAAAUGGUUUGGGGUCUGGUCCGGCUCUUGUUCGUCAAAUGUCCAGCUGUGCAAAUGUAUGCGGCGCAUUCUCUGUGUGGCGUUUUAGAUGACGACAAAUAUCUACCUCCGAAAGAGACACUCCGGACGGACAUCCUUAUAAAUGCCUUGCGGCGGGUGGAGGUCCAGGAUUUUAAUGUCGAUCAAAUGAGUUCACCCGAUAGAAAGGUGUCGACCACAGGCCUAAUACAAGUUCUGGAAGUACUAAAACAGGACUUAGUUGUGGACGGCUCGGAGUAUAUGCCGGCAGGCACUUCUCAGACAUUGGAACCGUCUCUCCGUCGAAGUACUUUGCAGCAGCUGGCCGUGAUGAUGAGGCAGCAGGGUCUUCACGAUGCCUUUGUACGAUAUGAUGGGGUCAAAAUUAUUGAUGCGUUGCUUAGAAUGUCCCUAACAGUGGAUGACUACUUAGCGUUCCCUGAGUGCGCUUUGAGUUGUGUCUCAGUCAUAAAUAGCAUUUGUUUUGCCGCCCGACAUGAGCUAUCGAAAAUGGCUGAAUUACCCUUAUUCCUGCUUAGAGCUGUACUGGUAUUCCCCGCCAAUGAAAGCCACGUAACAAUGUCCGCCCAGGUACUAGGGUUGCUGGCUUGGGCCGGGUUCAUUUUACAAGAGCUGGACGACUCCAGGCAAAUAGUGCCAGCCCUGCCCUCGAGUGUGACUCAGCGGGUCAAUUUACCAUUUACUGUCAACACGUAUUGGAUAACCAGCCCUAAUGCCGAACAUGGAUCUGUGGACUGGCUUCUCAAUGAAACGGAAUGGCGUACAGCUAUCCGUAUAAGAUGGUAUUGGGUCCUAAAUGGGGGCAAAAAAGUACGCGGUUCUCCACAUUUGCUUCAAUCUAACAAGGGUCUCAACGAUCACGAUUUGGAACUACUUAGGUCCGCAUGUGUGGACUACUCCUGUACGAAAGGACUGUUGAAUUUGGAGAAUGCUACUACACAUAUGCAGGUUAACGAAGCUCUGUGCGUCUUGGAGAGCUACAUCCAUGUGAUGUCAUCGUCUACAGUCUGUCCCGAAGAGUUUGGAAGUUUGAAAUGGCUGAAUCUAAAGCGAUUUCUAAUAUCACCACCAGCGUCUGCGCGUGACACAGAUCUAUUGAUAGUUUUGUUGCAGUUCAUCGUAGCUUAUAUGGACAGCGUGCCUAAGACAGAAGCAACGAUGUCGUGGAUAAAAUCAUCAUUUAUCGGUAACGAAGCGACCAUAAUAGCACUUUUAAGUAGAGACCGUCUCUAUCCCCAACAAACGUCCAGCGAUGAUAUAGAUGUCAUACAACUCAGGAUAUAUAUAGUUAAAGUUCUGCUACGGUGCAUAAUUAUGGAAGAUGGGUUGGGGGAUGGGUUUAGUGGUAGCAAGAUGGAAAGUCUUCUGAAGAUCCUUUUUGCAUGUUUGGAACGGGUUGAAUUGAAGAAUUUUCAUAUGCUAGGGUAUCUCAAGGAAUUACUAUGUUGUAUAAGAUAUGCCUUGCACUCUCAGUGUGAUCUUUCCGAGGAAGCCUUAUUAUACAGCUUAAAGAUGAUAACCAGGGUGUUAAGUGGCUGCUCAUCCAGCGCUGGAAGGAAAGGCCAGGCUUGUAGAUUGGAUGCAAUGCUCGCGUUAAUGGCUGUUUUGAAGAAGAUCAGGAUAUAUGACAUACCAGUUCAGCGAUGGGGUGAAUACUGCGAUGGUUUUUUGACCGAAUCGGUAAUAAGAUGUGUGGACGCCCAACGUCCGGAGUUGCGCGCAGCCGCUUUACAAGUUACGGCCGCGCUCGCACAUUAUACGCAACUCAUACCACAGAUAUUGCAAUAUAUCCCCGACGAGUCGUUAUGUCGCUACGCAUUGGACGUGUUCGCAAAGAAUGGCGAAGCAAACGUUGUUCGUGCGUCUGCGCUGGCUCUUCUCACGACUGUCACCUCUCGUGUCUCACCGCAUAAUCAAGUUAGUAUUGAAAUAUCUCUUACUUAG